AUGUGCCUUCUAUUGAACAUCUGCCUGGCUCUCCUGAGCCGCGUCCUGUUUGCGGUCCACGGCAUAGUGACAGUGUGGCGGGUGGUGGUCGUUAAAGGACCAAUGUACUGGUUUCUCCUGUUAGGCAUCACUCUACUAGCUAUUGAGCUCGCCAUCACCCUGAAGUGCACCCGAAAUGCAGAGUGGAAAUGGUUCUCCCCGAUGGUUUUCCUCUACCUCUGCACUGUCGUCCCCUCUAUUUGGGUCCUGGAGCUGAGCCUGUUGGAAGAGAAUAUCAAUUUGAAUUUAACAGAGAUUAACUAUAAGUUGUUGAAAAAGAUCCCAAUAUCUGUGAAGUUACUGUAUAUCAAUCCAGAGGACUGGGUGACUGGUAUAGAGCAAACCAUGCUCAUCGUGUUGGUGAUCGGGCGCUGGCUAAUGCCAAUGGGCUACUUGUCCCGUGACCAGCUCUCCCAGCUCCUCAUGGUCUACGUGGGACUGGGCGCUGAUAUCCUUGAUAUCUUUGAUACCUUCAGGCAAAAGGAGAUCAAGGAAAACAAAAAAGUGGUCCUUGUUGGCUUAGCUCUCUUCUCGUGGGCACUCAUGCAGUUCCCUUUGAUGCUCACUCAUAAGGGCGGGGAUGCCCGGAGGACCCGGGGCCGCUUCGCCAGUGGCCGUAUUGUCCAGAACGUGAGGACGUGGUGCCCAAGUGAGGUGUGGAUCUUGCUUCUGACGGUUGGACUCCAAGAUGGCCCCUUCAUGUGCUACCGCCUUUAUCUCAUGAUACGCGAAAAAGUGCUCAACCAGCUGAUGAUCUUCUUCACUUGCAAGAACAUCCUAGUCGUCCUCAUAGAGUUCUACCGGAUAUUUGUGGUGAAGUGGGAGCAUCACAAGAAUGAAUUCGGAGAUUUUCCCGCUGGGGUGAAAUGCUGUAAGUGGUGCUGCGGGAAGGAGCAGGAGGAACUACAGCUAGCACACAUUGAAUUGACAACUUCAGGGCAGGAUUGCGAGACGCAACCCUGACACAGAGAGGUCAGAGAAGGGACCCACUGUUAAACGCAACACUAACACCUAAACCCACCUUAAACGCUUCAUUGAGAGUUUUUAUUGCAUUUCUGAGAUUAGGAAAACACUGAAACAAGA